AUGUCACAGGUCGAGGUGAGCGAGGGCAGCGUAGAGGUGCAAGGCUGCACCUCACCACUCUUCUACAGACAAAUUCGACCAUCUUCUGGAGACACCAAAAUGUCCAUUUUGCUUCUUCAUGGCCGCAGUUUCUCAUCAGAAAACUGGCUCAAUGUCGGCACACUGCACACGCUGGCCAACGCCGGUUACCGAGCGGUCGCCAUCGAUCUUCCAGGACUUGGCCGCUCCAGCUCAGCUGAGGCGCCAGUGGCCGUGGGAGAGCUGGCCCCUGCUGCAUUCUUGACGGAUGUGUGCAAGCGACUGGAGCUGAGCCCCGUGGUGGUGAUCAGCCCAUCACUCAGCGGCAUGUAUUCACUCCCCUUCUUGCUUCAACAACAGCACCUGCUGCGUGCCUACAUCCCCAUCGCACCCAUCUGUACUGAAAAGAUCAGCGCCCAACAGUACCACAGCAUCAAGGUGCCAUCGCUGAUCGUCUACGGCGACCGUGACACCUCGCUUGGGCAGGUGUCGCUUAACAACCUGAGCCAGCUGGCUAAUCACAGCGUGGCAGUGAUCAAAGGGGCGGGGCACGCCUGUUACCUGGACGACCCUGACACGUGGCAUCGGCUACUUACAGACUUCCUCUCUCAACUCUAA